GCGAGUUGAUUGUCUUGCGAACGAGCGAGAUUUAACUCACAACGCGCGAGCCGCCAAAUAAAUUUAUUGCCAUUCUCCAAUUUGGCCAUCGACAGAACGGACGCAUUUCAUUUAUACGCCGUAAACCAGAAACGGUACGCAAACGUAUAUAUAUCUCGCACUGAUUUGAUCAAAGUUUUAGAACUUUCCCGGUGAAUAUCAAUAUUUGUCAAACUUCUGACAUCUCGACUUGGCAUGUGUGGAUUGGAAAGGAUUUUGCGACGUUUGUUUAUUUAGGUAGCUGAAAGGGGAAAAUUUCCCCACUUUUGAUUUUGUCGUUUUGAUUGAGGAAAUUUUUCUAUUCACUUGAGGUGUUUUGGUUUGUGGUAUAUGAAGGAAUAACGAUCAAGCUUUGACAGUUUUUUUGUAGAAGGUAUAUGAGUGUUGUCCGCACCCGCCACUUCUAAUCUAAAAACAGUGUUGGGGAAAUAGGGAAACAAACAACAUGGCUUCCUCGACGAUGACCAUCGUAUCUUCAGUACUCUUCAUCGUAACCUUCGCUGUCCUCAUCGCCGGCGUCCCCGGUGACCACCACACGGGCCGAUACUGCGCAGUCCGCGGAUGCUGCAACGUAACCGGUGCCACCGUCAUCAGCGAUGCAGUGGCCAAGACGGGGUUUUUACGAAACGACAAGUGCCACGCACCUUUUCCAACCAGCAACCCAACGACGCUCUGCUACUGCGACGGGUUCUGUCAGAGGAACGACCCCGACUGCUGUCCGGACUUCUAUGAGGUGUGCCUUGGUCGAAAGCCUCCCCCAGAUGUCCUUGAGUCUCGAAAGAUAGACGAAGUUGAAUUACUAUGCUGCCACGACGAUAGAGAAUACCAAGUCGGAGAAGUUCUAAGGAUAAACUGUAAUACUUGUACGUGUAAGCCUGUGCUCUAUGAAUUCGCCACAUUUGUUUGUGAAAAGAGGGAUUGUGCCAUCAACCAGGAGGCAGUAGAUGAAAUCAACGAUGGUAACUUCGGGUGGUCAGCGGGUAACCAGACCGAGUUCUGGGGCUCCUCCAAAGACGACGUGAUGCACUACAGGUUGGGCACCAUGAAACCAACCGCUGCCGUACUGAACAUGCACCAGAUACAGAAUGACAUGCCACCCGAAGACAUCCCCGAAGAGUUUGACGCAAGGCUCCACUGGCCAGGACUCAUCGAAGGCGUACAAAACCAAGGCAACUGCGCCAGCUCCUGGGCAAUGUCAACCGCAGCUACUGCUUCGGAUCGCUUGGCCAUCCAGUCCAAUGGCACGUUCAAAUACAUGCACCUGUCACCUCAACAUCUACUAUCGUGUAACGUGAAGAGACAGCAGGGAUGCACGGGAGGGCAUCUAGACAGGGCCUGGUGGUAUAUGAGGAAAAGGGGAAUUGUAACGGAGGACUGUUACCCGUACCUUAGCGGGAUGACGUCAGAUAUGCAAAUGAGGAAGGGUAACUGUUACAUCAAAGGUCGCGAUCGUGUGCCUCCGUAUUGUCCCAAUCCAACAGUUCGAAGUCAAAGAUAUAUGUCGACACCGCCAUACAGGAUAGCACAAGAUGAGACGCAGAUUAAGGCAGAAAUAUUCACAAACGGGCCUGUACAAGCCGUUUUCAACGUCAAAAGCGACUUCUUCAUGUACAAUGGCGGCGUGUAUCGCCACAUUCCGAUGAAGUCGACUGCGUCUGCGUCUAACGUAGUCUUCACCGGAGACCAGACCGAUGUCCAAGGUGACGGUGUGUUUGAGGAAGAGCAGGGCGGUUGGCACUCGGUUCGCAUCCUAGGAUGGGGUGUCGAUAGGUCGUACCCAAAUAGACCACUCAAAUAUUGGCUAUGUGCCAACUCCUGGGGUACCGGAUGGGGUGAAGACGGUCUCUUCCGGGUCAUCCGAGGUGAAAACGAAUGCAGUAUCGAGAAGUUCGUCGUCGGAGUCUGGGCGAAUAUUGACACUGAUAUGAUGAACCCCAUGAAAACGAAUAACGUCAUAUAAACGUCGCAUAAACGUUAUACAAACGUUCAGUGAUUCAGGAUUCAAAGAAUCUUCUAAAAUGUGAUAAACCUUUUAUAUCGUUAUUCAGAAUGAGGGAUGUUGAGGCUGAAAGAGAUUAUGGUAAACUACAGAUUUCAGGCCGAAUUUUCGACGUUAUCCACCUAAGACUUUGGUCAUUGCUUAGCAUCGAUCGAUAACUGGCUGAAAAAAGAUGAAUUUGGGGGAAAUGUUGGAGUCAUGCGAAUUUAUGACGUUCUCUUCGCUUGGACCCGUCACCCUAUGUUAUGUUGGACAAUGGGAGCUCGUUUUUUUUUUGCUAAAAAGUGUCUAAGUAAAACAUUAUCCAUGGAUUCGUGCAGGUCAAUGCUGCCUCUGACAUGUUUAUCACAAGUAAUCCGAGAAUACACGUACCGAUGUGAUGAACUGGGACUGAUGAACCAGGGCCUAUCCGAGGGAUUUACAGAAAGAGUGAAGUGUAACAGACUUCAAAAGAAGCAACAGCGCACUUUCUCCAUUGAUCCCCAUUUUGUGACGAAGCAUAAAGCAAAGAGUGAAAAAAUACUUUUUGUAAAGUCACUCUAUAUUGUGUAACAUUGGUGUCGAAAUUGCCGCCACGCCGGAGGUGCAACCAUGGUCCUAUUAUCAGAAUAAUGAUGAUAAAAGAAGGACAAAACACGGUUUUCUCGACGUAUAUAUGUGUGAUUUAACGACAAUAGCUGCAUUUAUAAGCAAUCAAAUAAUUUAAUUUAUUUCACGAAACUUCAUGUGCUAAAUCAGAGUUAUAUAUAUCAUACAGACCAGUUUUCAUAUUCAAGAAGAAACAGGAUGAAGACGAUGUUUCAUCAUAAAAUGACACAAUGAUAACUUUAUGACAUUUUAAUUCCCAUGUGACUUGCAUAAGGUAAUGGUUUAACCAAAUAUUGAGUUGUUAUGACGAUUAUGACGUUACAUACUACAUAUCAUUCUGUUUACGACACUUUCCUUAUGUGAUAGUCUCCGUAUACGCAAUUAUUGUGUCCUAAGCUUUAUAAUUAUGAUUGGUAUAAUUCUAAUACGUUUUGCAAAGAGUAAUGGUUAAACUAAAUAUUGAGUUAUUAUUAUUAUAUGAAGUUACUGUCACUGACGGUGCCAUUAACUGAUUAUGUUAGGAUCUAAAUUUGGCAUGUAAAACCGAAACCAUUUAUCGAGAAGGUCAUAAUGGUCUAACGAACAAACGAAUCGUGUAGGCGUCUUUUUCUUUAAUAGAGUUUUCAAGCUCUUGAACUUGAAGUUGAACAUUCGAAGAGAUUUUACGUGAGUCACAAUGAAAUGACUUUUUGUUAGUUCUAUCAUUUUAUUGAUACGAGGCUGCCCAAUCCCCACCAUCCCCUAUUAUCAUGAUCAUUAUCUAUAGGCCUAUAGCUUUUAAACCACCUCAAACCUUUGACCCAUUUUCAUACCUGUCUUUCUACCAAUGUGACAAGGAAUGUUAUUUCUCAAAUUAAACUGUAAAUAAUUUCUGAAAAGUUUUAUACAGUGGAUUAAGUUACUCACUGCGGCAUAUUUUUGUCGAUGGUAUUUAUAGAUAGGUAAAUGUUGUUUGUAUGUAUUUUUUUCAUAUUUAUAUGUGUUGAUAAACUGAGUAUUGUGUGUUAACAGGUAUUUUAGCACAAUCACGAAGACUUUUGAAAAUUUAAAUGGAGUUGAGUAUUUUGAUUGUCAACAUCAUGUCAAAGCGAAUAUGGACUUUAGGCAGAGUCUAUAUCGGCGACUUAAGGGGCCGCGGUACCGGGGGGGGGGGGGGGUGCAAGAAUGUCAAAAUUACCAUCUGAUUGAAAUCAAUGAGUAACGAAUGGACGCAAAGAGUGUCGAACUCAAAUCGGAGAGUAUCGGCUUGAACACAG